AUGGAUCUACACUUUGGGACCCCCGCUCGACUAGAGCGUCAAAUCGCUCAAGAUCUCAUGGACACCCACUCCGAAUUCGAUCUCUCCAUGCCCGGUGCAGACACUCGCGACAUCAGUGCCUCCCUCACCACCACCAGAACGCCUUUGGCACCUUCGCAUCGCCACAACUCGUCCUUUUCCAGGCCAUCCGACUCGUCCGAUGCCUCUGUCUCCUCGCCUGCCAAACACACGCACUUGGCCACUCCCCACGCCACCACGCGUCCAGUCACUUUGGCCACUGCGAUCCAGAAUGCACACAAAGACGUCGCCAACCCCAAUCCCAAUCCCAAUCCCAAUUCCAUCUCCUCCCCCUCGUCCACUUCCAGCGUCUCGGACUCUCCCCUCUCAACACACUUUCCUGACCCAUACUCACACGUUCCAAGCUCGUCACCGCCCCUCACCUCGACUCCGCAGCGCACCAUUGGCGCCGCUUCCACCGUCGGCUCAAGGUCCCGCACCACCAUCACCGCUCGUCCAUCCCGCUCCAACACCGCACAGCACAUCGCCACCCAUCCAUACGACGACACCACAAAGACGUCCGCAUCCAGGGCUACUCGCUCAGCACGCUCUGCCUCGGCCGUCCUCGACGACCUCACAGAGUCAUCCAUCGCUCCAGAGCAAGCUUCCGAUCAUGAACAAGACGCGAGAGCCACUUCAUCUCAGCAUCACCACACACAAACACACGCGCAGCAUCACGAAUACGAUGGUCGCGACCUUGUCCUCCGCGACGUCCCACCACCUCCAUCUACAUCGCGCAACGUGUCGCCCGCUGCCAGUCAAGCACCAUCCACCGCCGCCACCAUCGACUGGCAACAACGCCGCGCUCAACGAAGGCAGCUUGUUCACAACGAUGAGUCGGCCAUCGACGACGACGACGACGACGCCGACAAGUCCCAGUCUCACACACAAGCACAUACACACUCUCCUUUGCAACCUACGCGCACUCUCGCCACCCGUGCCGAUUCUGUAGCCGAAACCGAGUUCACGACAACCGCCUAUUCCAGUCCCGCAGCUGCUCGACUCGCUCGUCAAGCUCUCCUUGCCAACAACACUACCGCUUCAAGCCAGCCUGCCGACUCUGCAACGAGUACACCCAGCCGUCCAAUUCAAGCUGACCCCGCAACUCCAAAUCAUGCCUCGGCUCCCGACGAGCGCGCCAGAAUGAAGCAGUACCUUCUCAACAGCGUCAAAGCAACAGACCGCUCUCGCUCCCGCACCGCUCCAUCUUCCGACGCGCAUUCCCACGCCAUCGAGCGUCUCAAAGCGCAGGCCCAGCUGCACAGAACUCCUAGCUCCCUCUCCGACGGCGAUGCACACACCCCCGACGAUGCCUCAUCAGCUACCACUGCCGAUCCAACGCCAAGACGUAGAAUGGACCGCCUCGGUAAGGCUAACACCUUUGCAGCCGGGCGCACUCCUCUACCCAAAGGUGGUGUCGCCGAGCUGCUUCGACGAGGUGCCCUCUUUAGUGUUUCCGACGCGAGCGAAGCAUCAAGCGCUGCCGCCGCUACCCCGCAGAGCCCGCUGCACGUAGCAUCGAGUUCUGUCGACGCCGUCAAAGAUGACGAAGCGGCCAGCGCUGUUGGUUCUACUACCACCUAUUCGGAAGCCUCGUCGAACGACCUUGCUCUUGCUCCCAAUGCAUCCAAACACGGUGCAUUGGGUCUGCGCGCCAACACGUCCUUCCCGGGUCUGGGCGCAGCCGACGCCGGCACUCAAGCCAACUCGGUCGCAAGGCCUCGCGUCGAUGCAGCCAAGCUCGCCCUGUACCAAAGCAAGCUCAAUGCGCGUCUGGAUGCCGAGAACGACGCACUGAAACGUGAGCGCGACCAGCUGCUUCAGAAGCUCGCUCAGCUCCAGACAGCCUCGUCCAGCUCAACCAGCGCCGAGCUGCAAGCAGUCAACCAGCAGUUGCAGGCCGAACGCCAGAGAGCCGAUGCGCUCGAUAAGGAAGCGCAAGAGCUUGCUGAUCUUGUCGACGAAAAGGAACGCGAGAUCGAGUCGCUCAAGCCGGCACAAGGCGCUCCUCCAAGCAGCGAGAAUCAUGAGCAAGAUUUGCGAAACCAGAUUCAAGAGCUUCGAACCUUGCUCAACGAGAAACAAGAGGAUCUUGAAGAGAUCCAAGCUCUGCUGCAACGCGAACGCGAACAAAUGCAAGAACAAGUUCAACAGGCUAAAGCGUUUUCCUUUGAGACGCUCGACAAGAUCGAGAACGAGAGGGACGAGGCUCUGGAGCGAGUUCGAGAGCUACAAGCCCAAGUUUCCGAGCUGACAAGUUCCCAUGCCGAUAUGGACGGCGAUCAUGCAGCUCUGCAGCUGCGCGUUCGAGAGCUCCAAGCCGAGACGCAAAGCUUGAGGGAAAAGCUCGAGUCAACGUCGCAAUCAACGUCGCAACUCGAAUCACUACGUGAGCAGACCAGCACCGAUGCGGUGCGCAUCCGCGGCUUGGAACGCCGACUCAACGCAGCCAAUGCACAACUGGCCAAGGGCGCCAACGCAAGAGACCAGAGCGACCAGAGCCAAUCAAUGCAGCUCGAAUCGCUACAAAACGAGCUGCGCGAGGCACAAACCUACAUUGCAGAGUUGGAAGCCAGAGUGCAGGCAGAAAAGACGUUGACAACAAGCUCCGUGCAGGAUCAAAAGAUCGCAUUACUGCAACGCCAGAAAGCCGAGCUGGAAGAACGCGUUGAGCAGUACCGCGAGAUGAUCAGCAAGGGAGUGGGCACCAACCUCGCCAAUCUCAAGAAUGCAGAAGCCGCCGACGGUGCAUCGCUGCCACCCACGACGCCGGCAAGGACUAACCUUGGAUCUUCGCCGCUUCCAAAAUCCGUUCUGAGCCUGCGAAACAUCUCGGCGCUCAAGACACCUCGUUCACCCGGUGCGCUCAGCGAGGCAUCUUGGCUGUACAACGAAUCGAGCCUCGGUGCCGCCAAUGUGGUGGACAGGAUCACAUACCUCGAAGGAGCGCUCGACCAGGCCAACGCAUCGAUCGAUGCCAAGCUUCAGCAGCUUGAUCAAGCCGGUGUGGCGCACCUCACGCUAGCCGAACGACUCGAGCACGCUCACGAGCGCAUCGCUUCGCUCCAGGCCGAGAUCGAAAGGCUGCGCAUGCUCGGCGGUCGCGGCUCAGACACGUCGACAGACACGUCUCACGCCAGCGCCAGCCCGAACAAGAGUGUCAGCCGAAGGCAAAAAGUGUUUGCUGACGUGCACGCACAACUGGAAGCACUAAAGAGUCGAUGGGCCGCCGACCACGACAAACUACAGCAGCGCGAACGCGAGGUGGAACGUCGCGAGCGCGAAUUGCACGAUCGAAGCACCGAAAAGCGACAGUACGAAGAGGUUCUAGCUGAGCUAGAGCGCUUCAAGGAAGCGGCGUCGUCGUUGCAGCACGAUCUGCAGCGCGAACGUGCCAAACAGCGCACCAAGCUCGCCGAGACGCGCGCCAUGGAGGAGCAAAAGGAGUCGAUCGAGGCAAGUCUAUCGCGUACGCACGCCGAGCUUGAGGUGGUGAAGCGCAAGCUGGAGCACAAGACGGGCGGGCUCGAGGACCUCGGUCGGCAAUGCAUGCAACCGGAGAGCUCGCAGCUCGAUGAUUGCGCCGAAGAACGGCUCGCGGAACGCUUCCAGGCGGCGCGGAGCGAGGUCGAGGUGCUGAGAGCGGAGCGCAAUGAGCUUCUUCAGCAGCGCGCGCAGCUGCACAGCAAGUUUGCGACGACCAACGAAAAGUACGCGCAGGUGCUUGGCGAACUAGUUGCUUCCAGGGAAGCGUUGGCGGAGCAUCAGGCGCAGUUGGACGAGCAGAUCGAACAGAUGCAAGCGGCACACGCCGCGUUGCGUUGCAAAAAGGCGGCGUACGAAAAGAUGGCGGGCGAUCGCGAUCGACUGCGUGCCGAACGCGAUCUGAUCGUCCACGACGUCGGCAUGUUUGAACACGAACUGCGCCGUCUGCGUCACGAAGCCGACCGACAGGGUGCCGACCUGCAAGCGUUGCGCGCCGAACGCCAACACACGCAAGAUCAACAACGCACGCACUUGUUGCGACAAGUACAAACGCUCCAAGAUCAGCUCAACUGCAAAACGCACGAGCUCGACCGGAUCAAGUCCAAACUACCCCACCUCGAAAACGUAGCCAUCACCACGCAUCCGCCGGCGCCUAUGCAACACGACGCGCUUCUCGCUACAAACAAGAUGCACAACGCCGAAUGUAAAGGACUGCUGCUGCACAUCUCGUACCUCAAGCUCAAGCUGAUCCGCGAAAUGGAUCUUAGAGCCGAUCUCGUCCACCAAAAAUCUUACAUCAGCCUCCUCCUUCAUGGCCUGAUGCGUUCGGAUACACAGCUCGAAAAACUCAUCCUCCACUUGCACCUCCACCGCGCCCGAAACAGCACAAGCGUCGCAAGCGCCCCACCGCGCAACGUCAAGCGCACAUGGACCAAGCCGCUCAAUGCGGCGCUCGCCAUUGGCCGAAUGCGCGUACUGGCAAACAAAGCACACCGCCUCGUCCAGAUCAAACUGAGCCUGCAGACCGCGCACAAAAACGUACAGGCGACAAGAUGCAUCUCGGCGAAACAAUCGUGA